UCGCCGAUCGCUCGCUCGCACACGCCCGGGUGGACGAUCGAUCAUCGUUUCUCAUCUUUUCAAUCGUACGGUUUGCGUUCACGAGGAGCCGCCCGGUUCAAGGAUUAAUAGAACCAGCCGGAAAGAUGAGGACGUUCCUACCGGUAGCAAUCAUCCUGAUCGCGGGGAGCACCCUGGCCAGCCAGGACUUCCUCUCCAAGUCCCUGAACGAGUGCAUCGCCGCAGACUCGUGGACCUCGUGUCUGAAACACGAAGUGCUUGGAUAUCUCGACGAGAAACUUGGAACUAGUACCGAGGCGAGAUCUUUGGAUACCAUCGACGAGGCCAUCGUCGCGAGGACCUUCAAGUACCUAAAGAGCUUCGAUUAUGGCAUCGAUAUACCCUUCGUGGACGCUAGUUUGAAGUACAGACCUAGCAGGAGCUUGGCAGAUCUCGAUCUCGAGUUCAAAGGGAACGAGGUUGCCACCAGCCAGGCCAGAGGUAUCCUGAAGAAGAAGCUGCUCCUCCCUAUUCUUCUGCUGCUCAAGCUCAAGAUGAAGGCUCUGAUGCCCAUACUCGUUGCCAUCGUCGGCAUCAAGGCCAUGAAGGCACUCGUGCUGUCCAAGCUCGCGAUUCUUCUCGUGGUCGGGUUCAUCGCUGUGCAGUUCUUCAAGAAGGGCGGGAUGAUGAUGCCGAUGGGAAUGUCGAUGGACCCGGCGCCGCAGUACGGAGCUCCAAUAUUGGGCACGACGACGUCGAGCUACGACCCGGCGGCCUCGUGGGACGGAAAUGGGCCUUACUCCCGCGUGUGGACGCCGACGAACGGCGCGGAUGCCCAGAACCUAGCGUACUCUUACUAUGCACCUGGCAGCAGCUCCGGCUCGUACAGCUCUUCGGCUUCGUCGUCCUCCUCGUCGUCCGGCAACUCGGCCAGCUCCUCGAAUUAUUAAAAUCGAGAACGAAGCUUCCUCAGCCCCCCGAUUAACUCCAGCUCUUUAACUACCAAUCGAUCGUUUCGACGAUCGAUCCAGAGCCGGAGCCCCACGUGGACACGACCAAAGAAACGCACGCCAAAUAACCACUGAUCCUCGACAGACGAUCGUCGAUCGUCGAUGGUCGACCGAACGAAGACUGCGAGAACGUUCCAGCCAGGUCUCAUCCUCUCGUCGAGAACGCUAGAUCGAAGAUCUGGUUUUUCUUUUUCGCUUUUCGGGGAUCUCGCGAUCGAAGGUCCCGACGAGAGGGUGAGAUCUUCGAGACGUUAUACGCUUCAUUCUGCGACCCCGUGUACGCGUCGGAGGGCAUUUAACCAGUAAUCGAUCGAUCGAGGAGGACAACUGGCUCGAUUGACCUCGAGCGGAAGAGUUGGUACGGAGCCUGGCUCGAAUGUAUUGUUGUUCGUCAUUCUUGGUUCUAUUUAUUUGCUCACGCGACACGAUUAUUUAUUGUCUCCCUCGCAUUUGUUAAUAAACGCAUCUAUGUAACGAACGA